AUGUCACUCUCUGCAGGCACUAGCGACAAGGAUCUUGUCUCUGAACAUGAACACGCCGACCCAGUCUCCAAAAUUAUGACUUCCGGUGAGAACAAUGAGUUCAUUCACAUUGGCAACAAAAAAUAUCAUCGUUACGACUUGAUGGAGGCCUUUGGUGGUACUUUGAACCCUGGUUUGUCUCCUUACCCAGUCAGACAACUUGGUAAUCCAUCACCUUUAGGUUUGUGUGGAUUUGCCAUGACCACAUUUGUGUUGUCUAUGUUUAAUGCUAGAGCUAUGGGUAUCACUGUGCCCAAUGUUGUGGUUGGUUUAGCGGUCUUCUAUGGUGGCUUUGCCCAAUUCGCAGCCGGUAUUUGGGAGGGUGUGAUUGGAAACACUUUUGCCAUGUGCGCAUUGACUUCUUACGGUUCUUUCUGGCUUGCAUUCGCCGCUAUCAACAUUAAAGCAUUUGGUAUCAAGGCUGCUUACACUGGCCACGAAGAUCAACUCGGUAAUGCUGUAUCAUUUUUCUUGUUGGGAUGGACACUUUUCACAUUUAUGUUGACUUUGUGCACCAUCAAAUCCACUGUUGCGUUCUUUUCUUUGUUCUUUUUCUUGACACUUACCUUCAUCUUCCUUACUGCUGGUGACUUCACCCAUAAGGUAGGACUUACAAGAACCGGAGGAGUUUUGGGAGUUAUCACUGCUUUCAUUGCAUUCUACAAUGCUUUCUGUGGUACUGCUUCUGCUCAGAACUCGUACAUUACUGGUAGACCCAUCCGUUUGCCAUGGGUCCGUGUCUAG